AUGCGACGAGAACAGACAUGCUUUCAAACACAGCAGCGCAAAAUAAACUCGACUGUGGGCCGUGCUUUCUUUAUCUCUAGAGAUCAUAAUUGCAAAUGGCAGGAGCUGGGGCUGCCGGAUGAGGUGCUGCAUGCCGUGCAAGAUCUGGGAUUUGCGAAGCCGACGACAAUUCAGAAGCUGUGCUUGCCAUGCGCGAUUCGCGACCGGUUGGACAUCAUCGGUGCUGCAGAAACCGGAAGCGGUAAGACCCUUGCUUUCGCUAUCCCAAUCGUCGUUCGCCUGCUGGAGUUGGAUCAGGCAGGCAAACUGGAGCACAGUGGACCGUCAGCCUUGAUCCUUACUCCUACUCGUGAGCUGGCAGUGCAGAUCAAGGAUCACACAAAGGUUUUGGUCAAGUACACCACUUUGAAGGUCGCGGCCGUGAUCGGUGGUCUCUCUGUUCAUAAGCAAGAAAGAAUCUUGAAGAAGCACCCAGAAAUUUUAAUCGCUACGCCCGGCAGGCUGUGGUAUUUUAUCAAUGAACACUUGCAGAAGAUUCGUUUUCUCGUCGUUGACGAGACGGACCGCAUGCUGGAAAAGUGCCACUUUGCAGAGUUGGAAAAAAUUCUGAAUUACCUCAAUGAACAGACGUUCGUAUUUUCAGCGACCCUUACCUUCUGUCACGCUCCUCCCAGUAGGCUGCUACACAAGCCAGAAUUUCAUAAAGUCACAACGGACGAUAAAAUUGCGUCAAUCGUGUCCAUGAUUGCGUUACGCAAUAAACGACGGGUGAUCGAUGUUACGGUGAAGUUUGGCCUGGCUGAACAUCUGAAGGAGGCACGCAUCUGCUGCAGCUCCCUCGAAGAUAAAGACGCAGCUCUUUACUACGUUCUGCAGGGCUACCCGGGCCGCACCAUCAUCUUCACAAACAGCAUCAACUGUGCUCGACGUCUGCGUAGUCUGCUUCAAAGUUUGCACUUCGCUCCGUAUCUCCUCUUCUCUGCAAUGAACCAAAAACACCGACUGACGAACCUCGAGAAGUUUACAAGUGUUCUAAUAGCAACUGACGUCGCCGCGAGGGGACUGGACAUCAAGAACAUUCAGCAUGUUGUUCAUUACCAAGUUCCGCGAACAUCUGAGAUUUACGUUCAUCGGAGUGGCCGGACAGCCAGGGUUGACAAAGAAGGAAUAAGCAUUAUGCUUGUGGACACAAAGGACGUCAUUUGCUACAAAAAAAUUUGCAACGCUUUAAACAACGGUGUGGAUCUUCCUGAAUUUCCCGUCGACGUGUACAAGUUCAAAGAGCUAAAGCAGCGAGUUCGACUAGCGACAGAGGUCGAAUCGGCACGACACCGCUGCGGCACGAUGAACGCCACCGAACACUGGUUCCGACAGGCGGCCAAAGCGGCCGACAUAACCCUCGAUGAAGAAGUUUUAACUGUAGCCUUCCUAGCUAGCAAACCACUAGCCAUUACUUGA